GCCGCUCGUGACGGGCGCACGUCCUUUGCCAUCGCCCACCGACUUUCGACGAUCUCUGGCUGCGACGUCAUCCUGGUCAAUGCUGAUGGUCGUGUUGUUGAGUCGGGCACACAUGACGAGCUCAUGGCGCACAAGGGAGUCUACUAUAAGCUGCAGAUGCAGUCAAGGAAGUAG